UGCCAGGCCGGAGCACGCAGGCGCUCUCGGGCGCAGCCGCCCCCGUGGUAGCCACGGACCGGUAGGGGAAAUGCCCUCGGCGGUUUGCUUCGCUCUGUAGACGAGCGAUGGGGAGGCGUUGGGCCUGGCCUGAGGUAGGAGGGAGCCCAGCUGUCGCUGCUAGUGCCUGAGCCGUGAUGCGCCCGUGGGCCCUACUCUCCGCGGUGCUCUGGUCUCUCGUAGGAGUUGGAUGGCAACGUUCUUCCUUAUUCAGUAAGAAAGGCUUUGUUUACGGCACGGUGGGACACCCAGUGAAAAUAUAUGUAAAGUUACAUCAGAAUAGCCCUGUCCUUAUUUGUAUGGAUAUUAAUCGUGCUAGUAAAGAAACAGUGGACCCCACCUACUCAUGGAUUGGGCCAAAUGAAAAUACAUUAACAGGGAAUAGCCGAAUAAACAUAACAAACACAGGAAAACUGGUAGUGAAAGAUUUUAUGGAAUCAUUAUCUGGACUUUACACAUGUACUCUUUCCUAUAAGACUAUCAAAGCAGAAACCCAAGAAGAAACAACAAUAAAGAAGAAAUAUAACUUUAUGAUCUUUGCCUAUCGGGAACCUGAUUAUUCUUAUCACAUGGCUGUGCGUUUUACCACCAAGUCUUGUGUAGGAAGAUAUAAUGACGUGCUCUUUAGAAUGCUGAAGAAAAUCUUGGACAAUUUAAUCUCUGAUUUGUUGUGCCAUGUCAUAGAACCAUCAUAUAAGUGCCAUUCUGUUAAAAUUCCAGAACGUGACUUCGUGUAUGAGCUAUUCAUAGCCUUUCAAGUGAAUCCUUUUGCACCAGGCUGGAAAAGUGUGUGCAUCAACUCUUCAGACUGUGAAGAUGCCACUAAUCAUAACAUCCUCCAGUGGUCUGCAGUCCUGGAACAUUCAGUCCCGAUGUUGAUGUCACCUGUCAGAUCUGUGUUUCUGUCCAUGUAUAUGGAGCUAAAUCUUGUCCAUAAACUUCAAGACCAGUGAUGAAAGCAUGGUUACUUGCCCCUGAAGGUGGGGACAAAGAUUUGUUCAUAUCUGAGAGCAUCAUAGAUGCCUCCAGAAAAUAAGAUCAGUAAGAGCAAAUCUCUGGGAAUGUGUGUUUUAGAAACAGCAACAGAAAAGAGUUGACAUGGCUUUUCUAAGAAGGAGUUUCCUUCAGUACCUCCAGUGUACGAGGGGAAAUUAAGUGUUAGUGGAUGCUUUAAAUGAAAUAUGUUCUAUUAUCUAUAAAUUAAAAUAUGCUUUGUACCUGAUAUUAUAUUAAGGUAAAAAAAGA